UACUCCUGGAUGAUAACAUCCGCUGUUUGCUUAUUGUUUAUAUAGUUUCUAUAGCUGAAGUAGAAUGCAAUGUGGCGAUUUCAGUUGCUGAUAAGCACUGAAACCCCACAACACUCAAACUUCGAAAUCGCACCCACGCCUCGACGACGAUGACUGCCACCAAGAAGCGCCUUAAGAUUGUAGCGGCCGCCGCGCUCGUUCUUCUUAUCCUGGUCUACCUGUACCGGGCGGUCAGCGUUUCGGCGGGCGGAAUGUCUUCCGCUCCCAUUUCCACCGGCGACGAGGUUCAGGCCCGCUGGCCGCCCACCGAGAGUCCUUUACAAAGAAGCCUGCAGAUGGCUUACGAAGAGCAAAGCUCGUUAAUCCGCGAGCAAAAAGUCGAACUAGAGCGUACCAGGGAGCACCUGGCCAAGCUAGAGGAGCAGAUCCGUAAUCUACAGACCAGUGCUCCGCGUAAAUAUCCAAAGGUCAAGUACCUUAACUACAAAAACCGCAAGCGCAUUCUAAUUACCGGAGGUGCUGGCUUCGUGGGCUCCCAUCUGGUGGAUGACCUGAUGGUCCAGGGUCACGAAGUCAUCGUGGUGGACAACUUCUUUACGGGACGCAAACGCAACGUGGAGCACUGGCUGGGUCAUGAGAACUUCGAGCUCAUUCACCACGACAUCGUUAAUCCACUCUUUAUAGAGAUUGAUGAGAUUUACCAUUUGGCAUCGCCAGCUUCUCCACCGCAUUAUAUGUACAAUCCGGUGAAAACCAUUAAGACCAACACCAUGGGAACCAUCAAUGUGCUGGGCUUGGCAAAGCGCGUGAUGGCCAAAGUUCUGAUAGCCAGCACCUCAGAAGUUUACGGUGAUCCCACUGUCCAUCCGCAACCAGAAACCUACUGGGGACAUGUGAAUCCCAUUGGACCAAGGGCCUGUUACGACGAGGGAAAGCGGGUCUCCGAAACUCUGAGCUAUGCGUACGCUAAACAGGAAAAAGUGCAAGUGCGCGUGGCGCGAAUCUUCAACACUUAUGGUCCUAGGAUGCACAUGAACGACGGACGCGUAGUUUCCAACUUUAUUCUCCAGGCGCUAAGAAAUGAAACCAUCACUGUGUACGGAAAUGGCAAGCAAACACGUUCCUUUCAGUACGUUUCGGAUCUGGUGGAUGGAAUGAUUGCUCUAAUGGGAUCAAAUUACACACAGCCGGUGAAUUUGGGCAAUCCCGUGGAGCAGACAAUCGGGGAGUUUGCUGAGAUCAUCAAGCAGCUGGUCGGCGGCCCCAGUAAAAUUAAGCAAACAAAGGCCAUGGAGGAUGAUCCGCAGCGCAGGAAACCAGACAUCACGCGUGCCCGGCAGUUUCUGAAGUGGGAACCGAAGGUUCCCUUAGAGACUGGACUACAACGGACCAUUUCCUACUUCCGCAACGAACUGGCGCGCAGCGAUCGGUUCCAAGAAAGCUCCAACAAGUACUUUGACACACCUUAGCAAUAAUUUGAUUUAGCUUUAGUUGGUGAUGAUGCAACGUCUCUAGUCUGCAAAUGUAAAUAUGACCAUCGAUAGCACUAAUUGUAAGCCUUUAGGACCGCGCGAAAUUUUAAAGGUCAUGAGCAGGGUUUUUUUGUGAAGUUUUGGGAUAUAUUUAACCAAUAGACAUAGGGUUUAUUUAAGAAAUCGGGAGCCAAUGCGUACAAAUGCGAUCAAAUUUGUAGCACUUAAGUUUGGAAAUAUGAAAAGUUUUGAAUAUAUUAAAAAUUGCCAACGAAUUUGGUCCACAUCUAAUUGAAGUCAAAUUUUGUUUUGUUUUUUUAGUAUCAAAAUUACCCAGAUGAAAAUUAAAUUCGCGAAAGUUAUCGUAAAUUCCACACAAAAAUCAACUUUAAAAUCAUUGGACAUAACAAUUUUAUUGUAUAAGAAUUCAAAGUGCUACUUUAUUUGACCGCAAGUGUACCAAAUAGACAACAAUAUCACUGGGAUAUAGCCACUAGCCAACAGUGUAAUGUUUUGUAUUCAAAUUAUUAGAACAUACAUUAGACGAAUCAUUAAAACGAGUUUUUCUCUGCGAACUAAUCUUA